CUGCACAAAAAUGUUCUUCCUCUUAUCUCCUAGAGGCUAUCAUAACCAGCACUUCUCAACGCGAUUCCUGUAGUUCCAAACGUACGCUCGUCAAAAAUACCAUAACUACCAUUCACGGUAUCAACUCCUGCUAUCACAAAUUAGCGAUUUGCCGAGGACCUCGCGCACCCACUCCCACUGAAGAUUAUGGCGUUACCGCCCCUCGCAGAAAGUUUCGUGGGGCUCGCGACGAAUGCAAUGACAAGCAACGAGGAUCUGGUUGAUUCCACAGAAUACAUCUCACUCUUCCCGCAUUUUCACAGCAAAAUUCAGGCGGCAAUGCUCUUAAGCGGAAUCGUGUACAAUUGGAAACCCCCAUCGGAACAGCGCCUCAUGCUUAGCUACAACGAGAUUCCGAUCGAAGGUCUUUUCGUAUGCACAACCAAGAAAUGCAAUCUGCGACGCUGGCAUAGCUGCAGCGUCCUCAUGAUCAUCUGUAUUUACGAGGGCUAUUACUACGAUGUGGCCAUAUGGCAUCAAAAGUGCAAGAUCUGUCGAAACUGGGGGAGGCCACUGCCGGUUGAAACUUCCUACGUACAGAAGGUCGUGUUUCAGCUGAUGGUUUGGAACAAUAUUCCCGUGAAAGCACCUCCCCGUCGUCGUUCUCAUCACACCACAAACCCCCAUCUGGAAUACCUUUGUGCUGUGUGUCUACUGGGAAAACGAUGUCGUGCGGCGGAGGAGGCACGGCGCAAAGGGGUGACAGCUACUACCCUAUAGCAGUGGCAUGAUCCCUGCUUUUGCCUACCUUGUUGAGACUUCGUGUGCUUUCCAUCAGGAUCAUCCUGUGAAGGUGGAGGAGACUUUUCUCACGGAAGGAGGGCAUGGUAAUGAAACCCGACACACGGCGUACUAUCGAUAGGGUGUGGUGGCGCGAUGCGGUAGCAAUACAAUAGCACAACUCACAAAUUUGUUGGAACCCUAUCUUCGGCGUGGAUACACGUUCAGAGACAUCUUGCGCUGGAUAUUCAUGCAUUUCUACCGACAGAAAGAGGUACCCCUUCGUCCCAAUUUGGGAUUCAUCACCAAUUCUGA